UGUCGAAUGAAUUUCGAAUGUCGAUUUUAUAAAAUCUGUGAAUAUUGUGAAAUGUGGCGGUGUGGUGUUGAGUGCUCUGGUUUAAUUAAUAUUUAAAGUUAUAGGCGUAAUUCUUCAAUUGCUAAAUUAAUACUUUAACCAGUUAAAGUCUUUUUCAUAGCUGUUUCUGUUAGUUUGCGCUAACUGAGCCCGCUUCUGCCCUACAGUCUACGUGUUUUUGCGGUUUACUUCCUUUGUGUCCAUUGUUAUUGAAUAUUAAAAGUAAAUUUUAAGGAUGCCUAUAUUAUUCAGUGUAGUUUCCAGAGGCACAGUUGUUCUGGCUAAAUAUGCUACUUGUGCUGGAAAUUUUACUGAAGUUACAGAACAAAUAUUAUCCAAAAUUCCUCCACACGAUGACAAACUUACGUACUCUCACGGGAACUAUCUGUUUCACUACAUUGCAGAGAAUAAAUUAGUUUAUUUUUGCAUUACUGAUGAUAAAUUUCAAAGGUCGAGGGCUUUCCUCUUUCUAAAUGAAAUUAAAAGAAGAUUUACAACGGUAUUUGGGGAUACAGCCCAAACCGCCAUUCCGUAUGCUAUGAAUAGUGAAUUUGCAAGAGUACUGGCCACAGAAAUGAAACAUUACAGUGAAUCUAAAGACUUGGAGACAAUAUCAAGAGUCCAUGGUGAAUUAGAUGAAUUAAAAAACAUCAUGGUAAAAAACAUUGAUAGCAUGGCGAUGCGAGGUGAAAAAUUGGAACUACUUCUAAAUAAGGCAGAUAAUUUGGCAACAAAUUCGGUGUCGUAUAGAACUUCAGCGAGAACCCUGCAGCGUUCACUGUUUUGGAAGAAUGUUAAAAUGUAUGUCAUCAUGGCUGUUAUAUUUGGGUUCGGCAUUUACUUGAUCGGCGCCAUGGCUUGUGGAGGUUUGGCUUGGCAGACCUGCGUUGGUUAGGCGAUAUUUUCUACAUACAAUUCGUAGAUUUACUCGAUAAUAAUUAUUACUGACAAUAAGCGAAUCUCCUUGUCCAUUUGACAUUGUCAAAAUGAAGACAACACUUUUUUACCGGAUUGAAGCUAUGUAUGGUGACUGAAUAUAAAAGGUGUUGAAUGUCAAAAAAGUAUCACAGCUGUAGAAAAAGUUGUAUUAUCUGUAUUUAUUUCCCCGGAGUUGGUAUCGACUAAAAGAUGAAGGGUUUCUGCAGAAAUUGCUCACAGUGCCCUCUAUUUUCGCGCAUUCACCACGCACGCUGUAAAGCACGCGAAACGUCGGAUAAAUUUAUAAUUAGGUUAAAUAAUACAUAGCUUCAAUCCGGUAAAAAAAGUGUUUACUUUAAAUGUGUAAAAGGUAUGGUAAAGACAAUACUAUUGUCAAAAUUACAUUAUUUGGCAGCUCGGUGUAGAUAGUAUGAAUUGUCUAUUUUAAAAUAUAUGAAGUGUUACAACUCAAUUACAAGUUUAUUGUGCAUAACUAAAAUACAGUAAAACGGAAGAAUUAUAUGCUAUAUACAUUUGCAUUACCGAUACUUUACGAAAAAAUAAACAAUUAUUUUUAGCUGUUAAUGAAUAUUUGAAACGCAAUAAUUGGAGUGAGUAUUAUUUCAGUUGUAAAUGGACUUUAAACACAUCGGAAUAAAAACAUCUAACAGUUUUUCUAUAUAAACAGUAUUUUACCAGCUUCAAGUAUUAAUUGAUCGAGUAAAUAUACGAAUGUUUAUUAUAACUCUUAUAAAAAGACAGUUAUUUUUACUUUUU